AUGUCUGCUGUGUCGAAUGAGCUGCAAGAUGUCGCCCGCAUAAUGGUGAGCAAUAUUGAGGACGUGAUUCAUCGCGGAGAAGCACUUAAUAUUCUCGAAGCGAAAGCGUCAGAUUUGUCCGGUAUGAGUAAGAAGUACAGAGAAGAUGCCAAGGCACUGAACAGGAGGUCGACCUUCUUCAAAGUAGCCGUAUCGUUAGGGAUUUUCGGGAUCAUUCUCCUCAUUGGACGAUUUAUUAUUUUCUAA